AUGGCCUUUCCAACCUCGGUUCCUCUUCUCAUCCUUCUGCUCACCUUUGGCCUCCUCGGUCGGCCGGGCUCGGCCACCGACUUCGUCAUCUACUCCGAUCCCCCCACCGCUCUCCUGCCUGGCCAAAUGUUCCACUAUGACUUGACUCCCCAAGACAUCCCGUAUGGCCGGGCCUCGCUGGUCAUGAAGCCCGACUGCAACCUGGUCCUUUACUUCAAUGGAAGCAAAACCUGGGCCACCAACACCACCGGCCUGGGUGACAACUGCUACCUCACCAUAGACUCUCACGGCGAAGCCAUCGUUCAGCGCAACAUACACUACCCCGUGUGGCGAAGCAACAAAACGUCCGUCGUGGGGAGCUAUGCCUUCCUCUUGCAAUGGAAUGGAGAACUCGGCAUCUAUGGCCCGGCCAUAUGGUCGAGCUCUAACGAAGGAGAACUGAGCGAUCCAAAGCCUUCCAACAUCACCACGGACUACGUCUUCUAUUCCUACAGCGUGUUGCCCAUAGGAAAGAUACUUGAAUACAAGAAUUACAGGCUGGUCUUGCGUGAUGACUGCAACCUGGUGCUGCUCGACACCAACACCAACACCCAGGAUAUCAAAUGGCAGACCAACACUUACAGUCCCUUGCACGACUGCUUCAUCACCCUCGACCCCAACGGGGAGUUGUUCGUCAAGCAUAACCGCAGGGACAUUCUCUGGAGGUCCAAUGAAACAACUAAUUCGAAUUUCUCCGCACUUGUGCUUCGGUACGACGCAAAGCUUGUUAUCUAUGGCCCUCAGCUGUGGACGACCAAACCAUUGUGGUAG